AUGACCAGGAGGAAGACAGACUGGGUCUCCAAAUCUUCAGGUGACCAUGUGAAUCUUGGCUUCGACAGAGAUGAUGACAUGGUUUCAGGACUUAGCUAUAAAACUCACCCCAUCAAAGAUGAGUCCUGGAGCCAGCAGGAGAGGAAGACUGAGGCGCCAGAGAGGGCAGACACCCUUCCUUGGGGGAAGUAUGAUGCUGCCUUGAGAACCAUGAUUCCCUUCCGUCCCAGGCCAAAAUAUCCUGAUCUUCAUCCUCAAGAUGAUUCUGGCCUGUUCUCUUACCUCACAUUAUCAUGGCUCACCCCUUUCAUGAUUCGAGGCUUACGGAAUCGCCUGAAUGAGAACAGCAUCCCUCCACUGUCAGUCCGUGAUGCCUCGGCCAAAAAUGCUGAAAGGCUCCAACGCCUUUGGGAAGAAGAGGUCUCCAGGCACGGGUCUGAAAAAGCUUCCGUGCCUCGUGUGAUGCUGAGGUUCCAGAGAACAAGAAUUAUUCUAGAUGUGCUUCUCGGCUGCUGCUUUGGAAUUCUGAGCAUGCUAGGCCCGGUGCUGAUUAUACCCAGGAUCCUAGAGUCUUCCCAAGAUGAGUCAGCAAGCAUCAUCCACAGGGUGGGGCUCUGCGUCGGCCUCUUCCUGACCGAGUGUCUGAAGUCCCUGAGCCUGAGCGCCUGCUGGAUAGUCAACCAGCGCACAGGCAUCCGGUUUCAAACGGCUGUUUGCUCUCUUGCCUUUGAGAAGCUCAUGAGGUUCAAGUCCCUAACACACAUCACCUCGGGGGAGGCCAUCGGCUUCUUCACCAACGACAUAAGCCACCUGUUUGAUGCGGUGAACUUUGGCCCACUGGUGUUCAUUUCCUGUGCAUUGCUGAUCACCUGUACCACUGCUGCCUACUACAUCCUUGGUCUCACUGCGCUUAUUGCAACUAUGUGUUACCUCCUGGUCUUCCCAUUGGAGGUGUUCCUCACCAGUAUGAUGGUGAAGAUACAGAGUCAGACAUUUCAGGUCAGUGACCAGCGUAUCCGCAUCACCAGUGAAGUCCUCACUUUCAUUAAGCUGGUGAAGAUGUACGCCUGGGAGAGGCCAUUUGCAAAAAAAAUUAAAGACCUAAGAGGAAGAGAAAAGAAACUCCUGGAGAGGAGUGGUCUUAUCCAGAGCCUGGUCACCGGCACCAUGUUUAUCUCCCCGACAGUGUCCAUUGCAGUCAUGAUUCUCGUCCACAUACACUUAGAAUUCAAACUCACAGCCUCCUUAGCUUUCAUCACCAUGGCCAUCCUGAACCCCCUGCGGCUGUCCGUGUUCAUCAUGCCCUUCAUCAUCAAGGGCUUCGCCAAUUCCAAACCUGCGGUCAAGAGGUUCAAGAAAUUUUUCCUCCAGGAGGACCCUGUUGUCUACGUCCAAGCAUUGCAUGACCCCAGCAAAGCCCUGAUUUUAGAGGAGGCCACUUUGUCAUGGCAACUGAUCUGUCCUGGGAUGGUCAAUGAAGCCUUGGAACUGGAGAAGAAUGGACACACUUCUGUGGGGAAGGCCGAAGCUCAGCCACAUUUAGGUGCCCUCAAGCCAGAGGACAAAAGGGACAGGCUGGCCCCAGAGUUGCGCAAGAUAAACCUGGUGGUGUCACAGGGUUCCCUGGUGGGAAUCUGCGGCAGCACAGGGAGUGGGAAGAGCAGCCUGCUGUCAGCUGUCCUUGGGGAGAUGCACUUGCUCGAGGGCUCCGUAGGGGUACACGGGAGCCUGGCCUACGUUCCCCAGCAGGCCUGGAUCAUCAGCGGCAGCAUCAGGGAGAACAUCCUCAUGGGAGGCCAGUACGACAAGGCACGGUACCAGCAGGUGCUGCACUGCUGUUCCCUGAGCCAGGACCUGGAAACGCUGCCCUUCAGGGACCUGACAGAGAUUGGGGAGCGAGGUCUGAACCUCUCUGGGGGGCAGAAGCAGAGGAUCAGCCUGGCUCGUGCCGUCUACUCCAACCGUCAACUUUAUCUGCUGGAUGACCCCCUGUCGGCCGUGGAUGCGCAUGUGGGCAAGCACGUAUUUCAGGAAUGCAUCAGGAAGACACUCAGGGGGAAGACGAUCGUCCUGGUGACGCACCAGCUGCAGUACUUGAAGUUUUGUGACCAGAUUGUUUUGCUAGAAGAUGGGAAAAUCUGUGAAAAUGGAACCUACAGUGAAUUAAUGCAGAAGGAGGGGCGGUUCACUCGCUUCCUCCAGAAGAUGCAAGGAGAAGCCAUCCAGGACCUGCUGCGGGACACGGCAAAGCUAGCUGAGAAGUCACAGGCAGAAGGGCACCUUCAGGCCACCUCCAAGGAAGAGCCUCUCAGCGAACCUGCAGAUAAUGUGCUGGAGCAUCAGCUCACGAAGAAGGAGGAGAUAAAACAAGGUUCCUUGAGCUGGAGUGUCUACCACAGCUACAUUCAGGCAGGAGGAGGUUACAUGGUCUGUAUCCUAAUUUUCUUCCUUGCCAUUAUGAUUGUCUUCCUUACGACCUUCAACUUUUGGUGGCUGAGCUAUUGGCUGCAGCAAGGCUCAGGGACCAACAGCAGCCAAGAUGGCAACAGCACCACUGAAGACCCGGGCAACAUACUUGACAACCCACAGCUGCCCUUUUACAAACUGAUAUAUGGCCUCAGUGCCUUACUGCUUAUCUUUGUGGGGGUCUGCUUCUCAGUGACUUUCACCAGGGCCACCAGGAAGGCAUCUACCACCUUGCAUGACAAGCUCUUCAGCAAGGUGUACCGUUGCCCCAUGAGUUUCUUUGACACGACCCCCAUAGGCCGGCUCCUCAACUGCUUCUCAGGUGACUUGAAUGAGCUGGACCAGCCCCUGCCCGUGAUGAUCGAGUUGUUCCUGAUCCUGUUCCUGUUGAUGUUUGGCAUCCUGCUCGUGGUCAGCAUGCUGUCUGUCUAUGUCCUGUUAAUGGCAGUCCUCAUCAUCACUGUCUGCUUCGUGUUUUACUUGAAGUUCAAGAAGGUCAUCAAAGUAUUCAAGAGACUGGAGAUCUAUAGCCGCUCCCCUUUCUUAACGCACAUCCUCACCUCCCUGCAUGGCCUGAGCUCCAUCCAUGUGUAUGAGAAAGAACCAGAAUUCAUCAGCCAGUUUAAAAGGCUGAUGGAUGAAAAGAGCAGCUACCUGCUGAUGUUCCUGUCUGCCACACGAUGGGUGGCAUUGAGGAUGGAAGUCAUGACCAACCUGGUGACCUUGGCUGUAGCCUUGUUUGUGGCUUUUGACAUUUCUUCCAGCUCCUAUUCCUAUAGAAUCAUGGCUAUCAACAUGGUACUGCAGAUGGCAUCCAACUUCCAGGCCAUGACCCGGGUUGGUUCGGAGACAGAGGCGCACUUCACAGCCGCUGAGAGGAUACUGCAGUACAUGAAGCUGUGUGUGCCUGAGGCUCCUCUGAACGUGGAAGGCAUUAGCUGUCCCCAGGGUUGGCCCCAGCGUGGGGAAAUCACGUUCCAGGACUAUCACAUGAAAUACCGAGACAACAUGCCCAUCGUCCUCAAUGGCAUCAACCUCACCAUUCACAGCCAAGAAGUGGUGGGCAUCGUGGGAAGGACAGGUUCUGGGAAGUCCUCCUUGGGCACAGCUCUUUUCCGCUUGGUGGAGCCUGCUGCCGGCCGCAUCUUGAUUGACGGAGUGGAUGUGUGCAGCGUGGGCCUGCAGGAUCUGCGCUCCCGGCUGGCUGUCAUCCCACAGGACCCAAUCCUGCUUUCGGGGACCAUCAGAUCCAACCUCGAUCCCUUUGACUGCCACACAGACAAGGAAAUCUGGGCUGCCUUGGAGAGAACAUUCCUGACCAAGACUAUCUCCAAGUUCCCAGAGAGACUGCAGGCUCUGGUCGUGGAGAACGGUGAGAACUUCUCCGUGGGGGAGAGGCAGCUGCUGUGCAUUGCCCGGGCUCUCCUCUGCCACUCCAAGAUCAUCUUCAUUGAUGAAGCCACUGCCUCCAUCGAUGUGGAGACGGAAGCCCUGAUCCAGCACACCAUCCGGGAGGCCUUCCACUCUUGUACGGUGCUGAUCAUUGCCCACCGCAUCACCACCGUUCUCAACUGUGACCGCAUCCUGGUCAUGAACAAUGGGCAGGUUGCAGAGUUUGACAGACCCGAGGUCCUGCAGAAGCAGCCCGGAUCACUGUUUGCAAACCUGCUGGCCACAACCGGCUCUUCACUGAGCUGA